GUGAACAUAUUGUAAAGUUUGAAACCAACGCAGGGCGGGGAAAAGAUGGGAUAAACACUGAGAGCGAAUUUGGGAAUAAAGGCAAUGAAUCGCGUUGUUUUUGGUUUAAUGUAGAGAAUGAGGAUGAGACUGAGAGUCAUGGAGAUGAGCGACACGCUGGAUCGGGAGGAUAAGCGGACCACAGAAGCGUUACAAACCCUUUGUCUGCAGCCACCCUAGGGAUUUUACGACUUGGGAUUUUCUGUUUUUACUUCCCUAAUGAGAUCAAUCCUGCAAAGGAAUCUUUUUAAUACCCAAAUUUCCAUUCAAUGUACAGUCUUCGAAGCUCAUGGAUACAAUGCUCCGAUUCAGAGUAUAAAAGACACACACCUCUUCAGAUUAUUCUUGCGGAGAACAGGAAGCGUGGGGGAAGAUAACAGUAAGUGUGUUGGAGAAAGAUGUUAGAGUUUUACUUUCCCUGCGCCGAAUUUCACAAUCUAUAUAGGCCUGAGUGACUCUGCAAUUAGCCACACUACCUGGUCCUUUUUUGGAUUUUUCUCCUGGAUAUUCAGCCUUCAGGUCUAACUCAUAGGCAAUGAUGAACCAUCAAGGAGGAAUGAGUCACCUGAAUUGUAAUGCCAACAACCAAAGCAAGGUCAAUCAUCAGCUCAUUCAAGCAUCGGAAUUGAUACCUACUGCAAGUUCCUUUACUGCAGGUGAUCAUAGGUUCCCUGAUCAGGUUUCGCGGUCAAAUCAUGCUGGUUAUAAUGAGAGUUUAAAUAAUUUUCCAAAUAAUGAUCGCAGUGCUGCUGCUUUUCCUCAUGAAUCGUCUGAAGUGUUGAGGUUUUCUCCUUUAACUUCCCUUUCUGGAAAUGUUAGAAGGUUCCCAGAUGGGCUUUCUGGAUCAAGUGACUUCCACUCUCAAGCAAGUAAUAGUAUUAUUCCAAGCAUUGGUCACAGUGCUGGUGUUGUUCCUCAAAAUGUUGACUCAGGUGCAGAAUAUGCUCGGAACAAUUAUUAUAACGAUUUGAAUUUGUCACUAAGUCUCGGCCCUCAUUCAUCUGAACUAGAAAAUCAGAAUACCAGCAGCUCUUGCACAACUGUAAUUGAUCUUGGAAGAUCAAGUUCUGCAGUGCAAGAGCAAAGUUUGGAUAGCAGCUCAGUUAGUAUGAGGCGUUUAUCCUGCAAGAGAAAGUCUCCUGAACAUGCUGUCAGGGAAUUGUUAGUAGGUGAGAGUUCUAGCUCAGCUGCACAAACUGGAUUUUCCAAGCGGUGGGCUUCUGAAGUCCAUGGCAAUAAUGGGCUAAACAUAUGUACUCCUUGCACUAGCCCUGUUAGUCAUCAAGAACGGUCUGAGACCAUUAUUGGUCAUAGUCCUAUAGGGCCAGUUUCUGACGUUCAGCAUUUGAAUGGAGCUAGACUAUCUGAAAACUUCCGAAGUAACAUUCAUCUUCAUACAACUGCAAAUCAACAAACUUUUCUACCAACCAGCAUUUUGUCAUCAGGUUACAGGAGGGAUGCUCAUAUCCAGUUACCCAGUCAGUCACCUUUGUAUGGCCAAGUCAACCAUCCUCCAUUCUUCAGAUCUGCAGAAAGUUCUAUUAAUCCACUGUUCUCAGUGCAGCCUGAUGGGCAUGUUCCUAUUUUUCAUGAAACUCCACAGGCUACCCCCUGGAUUAACAUGAUGAGACCAAGAAGUGUUUUUUCUUCAUUUUUGCCUGUCAAUACUACAGUGGAAAGUGAUGCUGUGGCACCCUUUCAUUACCCAAGACACAUAACUGAAAACAUUAUGCUUAGCCGCCAAAUUGGAGUGAGAAAUUGGGUACAUGAUGCAAGAAACUCACAUUUUGUUAAUGGAGCUGCAAACUUCCAUGGAGAUUUUUUCUGCCCUCUUCAUGGUUGUGUUUCUGGUAUAAUUCAUUCAGAAAAUGCCCCUACUUGGUUCUCAGGGUUCAGUUUUGCUGAUCGUUACAUGCAGACACCAUCAAGAAUUGUGAAUCACCCUGUGCUUGCAACUACUGGUUUCCCUUGGCCCAGUCACAGCCCAGCAGAUUCAGAUCUUUCAGCUGUCUUACAGGAACUGCGCUUUGCUGUUGGAUUUGUUAAUACCGUAUCUCAGAAUCAGCAUGCAUCAGGAGCAAGAUCUGAGAAUCAUGCUGCCUUUAAUUUUACAUGGUCACUUGCUAAUGCUCGAAAUAGAAUGAGGCUGAGGCCUGAGAAUCUGCAUGCAUCAGAAGCAAGACCCGAGAAUCAAGAUGAUAGCUAUUAUGAUCACCUUUAUCAUUCGUUUUGGUCGCCUGCUAAUGCUGCAAACAGAAGGAGGCUGAGUAUUGAGCUUCACCAUAGGCUGGCACAUAUGCGCAGUGAAGACCCCUUGCAGCCUGUGAUGAUUCCACGGGAAUUGAGGAUGUUGGACCAUUCAAUUAUAAUGGAUAUCCUUCAGGAGCAUGCCAAUGUAGAUGAGCUGCAUUUUGAUUUAGACGACUGGACAAAUGAGGAUCUUGCUGCCCUAGCAGAGCCUAUUGAGGCGGGCCUGAGUGAGGAAAUGAUUCUCAGCCACCUUAGGCAGGAAAAAUUCCAUCUCAUCCCAGCUGGGUCUGAGGAAAACGAAUGCUGCUGCAUAUGUCAGGAGGAGUACCAUGAAAAUGAAGAUCUGGGCAAGCUGUGCUGUGCCCACAGAUUUCACGUAGACUGUAUCAAGCCAUGGCUCGAGCUGAAGAACAUCUGCCCCAUUUGCAAACAAGUCGCACUUCCUCUUUUUCUUGAUUCUCCUUAAAUUUAUGUAUCUUUUUUCCUGCAUGAAAGAAGCUUAUUGACAAUGCAACCUCAUGUUUGGAUACAAAUUUGCUUCAAAUGACAUCUGUAUCCCGAUCUAAGGUUUAAGUCAAAGCAGUUUUGGAUAGUUUUUCAAGUUCAGCUGUGUUAUUAUUCAUAUGUUGUUGUUUGGAUACAAAUUUGCUUCAAAUGAUUUUUGUAUUCCGACCUAUAA